CGGGACGGAACAUGAAAGCGGCCAUGUCGUGACCAGAAAUCACGCAGCGAAUGUGCUUCACAGUCUAGCUUACUUAUUUGUGUUAUGCAGCCUUAACACAAAGCUUUGGACAAUUAAUCAUCUGAAUUUUGGUGCGAUCUGAUACGUAUUCCAUCAAAGUUGGCGUGUUGUUGAAAUAAGCCGGGCAACAUGAGCGGAGGCACGCCUUACAUUGGCAGCAAGAUUAGCCUCAUCUCCAAGGCCGAGAUCCGCUAUGAGGGGAUUUUGUACACAAUAGAUACGGAAAACUCGACGGUAGCACUUGCAAAAGUUCGCUCUUUUGGCACUGAAGAUCGCCCCACUGACAGGCCUAUUCCACCUCGAGAGGAAGUUUUUGAGUACAUCAUCUUCAGAGGAAGUGAUAUAAAAGAUCUGACGGUUUGUGAGCCACCCAAAGCCACUAGCACUCUGCCUCAAGAUCCUGCCAUCGUCCAAUCCUCACUUGGAUCCACAAAUGCAGCGGCACCAUCAUUCCAGUCUCAUGGAUCCUAUGCACCGUUCAGCAGGGCUCCAGUUCCCUCAUACAGCCAGUUUGGUGUUACGCCCCUUGGAGCCCCGCAGUUCGGAUCAGCUGGAGCCGGAGCACACAUCACCCCCAAGCUGGAAUCUUUGACAAAACCCCCCACAGCAGAACAGGCAGUGCAGGCUCCUGCAUCCGCUGCUCCAGGUCCACCUGCUCCAGUAGGACAGAGGACUCAGGCGGGUGUGACGGCUCCCAAAUCCACCGGUACGUCCUCUGGCAGCCAGAAACCCCCCGACCUUCUGGAGCCGAAGAAAGCCUCCGAGGUUCAGAAACCGUCACAUCAGCCAGAUAAUGAGCACGGCGCUGUUGAAAAUCGGGAUCCCAACAAGCGGCAGAUGGGCCAGGCGGGGGGUCUCGUUGGCCUGGCGGCUCCGCCAGGACUAUACAAUGGUGUUCAGUCCAACCGUCGUGGCCGUGGCAGAGGAAACCGCAGCAGAGGCAAAGUAAAUCUGCGCAGAGAUGGCACCGUGAAAUUUGACGAAGACUUUGACUUUGAGACCGCCAACGCGCAGUUUCACAAAGAUGAGAUCGACAAGGAACUCCAGACGAAGCUGAAACUAAAAGAUGACAAACCUGAAAAGGCAGUGAAUGGAGAGGAAACGGCGGACGCGGAUCACCCAGCCAACGAGGCGACCACCGAGGAGGAAGAGCCCGCCAACAACUCCUGUUACUAUGACAAGACCAAGUCCUUCUUUGAUAACCUGUCCUCUGAGGGAACAAGGGACCGCAGACCUACCUGGGCGGAGGAGAGGCGGAUGAAUUCGGAGACUUUCGGCAUUCCUCUCAGACACAACCGGGGCAGAGGAGGUUACCGCGGCCGAGGCUUCAUGGGGUCCCGCGGGGGCCGGGCCAGGCCCUCCAGCAGAGGUUCCUUCGGACCGCCCCGGGGGGCCCCUCCCGGCUUCAGGGGGGGGUUCAGAGGUGGCAGAGGAGGCCGCGAUUUCUCUGACUUUGAAUACAGGAAGGACAACAAAGCGGCGGCGUAGUGACGGAUCCACGAAGAACCUCCACGUGAAAUUGUUUCCAUUCUAGAAAUUUCCUUUGGUCUCUACAUUUGACAGAAAGAAUGAAGACAUCCUGUUAGUCACCAGCACCACGGUGGACCGUCGACAUCGGUGGGGGGGGGGGGUCCCACUCCCUCGCUCUCACUCCACCUUCAACAUUAGUUCUUGUUUCGGGUCCCAAAGUUUUGAUAACAGUUACCAGAUGGACAAGAUUUCAUGUAAAUACAAAGUUUUGAGGCAACUCUGUACUUUUUGCAUCGGUCAAAAUAAUUUCUUACCGGAGUUGUUUGAUAAUGAAAUUUUUCUCCGACGCUGUGAGUGGAUCACAGCCAACGUGAUCAAUAGCUUUACUCUCCUCCUUUUUUUUUCUCCAUUUCUUUUUUUGACACCAAAAAUUGUACGCAUCGCCUGUUGCGCUGCGUGUUUCUCAGCUCCGUUUGGUUGUCGUGUAUUCUGUACUUUUGUUCAGUUAGAAUUCAUUUUUAAUGAAUGAAGGAGAUGAAAGAAUCCAGAAUCAGAACUGAACGUUGUGAUUAAUGAAUGUGAAUCAUCAUAUUCCUCCAUCUGACUUCAAAAUUCAAAAGAUCUGGGUUCUGUAUUUACAGUGUUUAUAUCAAAGGCAGCCUCCGUACAUCUCACAUCGACACAGGUCGUUCCUGAUUUAAUUUUGGAGCUGGACCGGUGCUGGCCGGGUAACCAGUCCGGUCUAAAGCAGCUGACCAGGAGGAACCCGCUUUUGGUUGAUGUGGUUCAAAGCAUCGUCUUUACAAGUAUUUGUCGACUGCAGGAUUUAUUUGGGACCAGAUUUGUUUACAUAGCUGUCAGAUUGAGAGAGUUUCCAUGUUUUGUCUUUGAAAAACAGCCAUCAGUAGUAAUAUCUUGUUGUGGCCAUGGCAAAGAAACCUAAUAAGUUACAUUUGAAAAGAAAUGAUCUGCUAUUUUGCCAAAAAAAAAAAAAAACAAUGUUUGGUUUAGAUAAGUUGUAAUAUUUACAUGUUUGGCAUUUCAAUACGCGUAAAAUGUUAUGUCCCGUAUAGACUGAGCCAUCUGUUAAGGCACAUCUUGUAUUUGUGUCAUUGAUCCUUUUCAACUGUUUCACCAUCAACUUUCUUUUUUUACCCCUUUUUGUUUUUGUUGUUUUCUUUCUUAAAGCUCCACCUGUUGCAUUGUCAUCAGUGUCGUUGCACUCAGGAGGGUUUUUAUUUUAACUGACUUGUGAACAAAGGGACAAGAACUGGAUUUGGUGCCAGUGUUUUUAAAGGCGUGUAGUUUUCAUUUUGGCUCCAAAUUAUUGGUGUUCAUUUAGGGAGUGCCUUGAGAAUGGUGGUUUUUCUUUCUUUCUUUUCCUCCCUCCGCAAUUAUCUGUUUUAAGUUAAAUGUUACCUUUGACAGAAGUAAAGCUAGCACUACAGGGUGAAAUUAAGUUCUUUUCUGGAACAGAUUAAGCAGUCUGCAGGGCGAAGCGUCUGUCCAUCUCUCACAGGCACAGAGAAAGCCCAAGAAACCGUCUCUUUAUAUCGGCUUUCACAGAAAAACGAAUGGGAUAUUCAAAACAACUUUUUGUCAUGUUUGCUACUACUUCCAGUCACUGGAAUUUUUGUUGAAUAGCAGCAAAAUUGAGUUUUUACAAAAAAUAAAGUUGUACAAUUUUCAAGUCAA